AUUUUUGAAUUUACUAAUUAUUUCGAAGUUCUACUUUUAUAUCAUAAUGAAAAGUACUACUAAUUUGCCGAUACGACAAAAUGAUGACAAUCGGAGACGUAAAGAGGGCAAAUCACAAAACCGCCGAGGAGGUCCAAAGUCAAAACCACAACCAACUAUAGUUCCUCCGAGAAAAACUCCAUCGCCAUCAACUGUGACACCGCUACCAACAGUCAUUGCCCUUCCAGCUGUAUCCACUCCGUCUCCAGCUCAAGCAAACCUUCUGAAGGAUCCAACAGCAACUUCUCCAAAUGUUCCAGGAAGGGAAAGGAAAGCUAUACGUCGAAAGGUUACUAAGGAGAAAGUUGAGAAGGAUCCACCAAAGACAACAGUCCGUAAAAAGAAGAAUCAAGUCAACCAGUCUCUGUCGGCUGAGAACACUAAUGCCAAGACUUCAAGUGAUAACGAUGAAAGGGCAGGUUCAAAGAAUGACAAGCCCAAGAAAAAGAAUUCACAUACAUCUUCAGAUUCUAGACGAAGAAGAUCUUCAGCAGAGAUUCCAUCAUCUGGAUCAAAAGAAGAUGAAAAGAGUGGGCAAAAGUUCAAUAAGGAUUUGGCCAAAAACUUCUUCAAACAUGUGCAGUCGCAGAGAGCUCAGAAACGAUCCGACGAUGCGCGGCUUGAAAGAAUGCCGGAGUCGAGCCAACUCAAUGCAUCGGCAAGAGCAAUGAGGAAGAAGAAAACAAAUGCGCCGAAAACAUCCUUGGACUCGGAUCUCUUCAAGCCGAAUGGGGAACCAGUUUGGGUUGUUCCAGAACGAGCCCCUGGCGAUUGUGAAAAGAAUGAUGAAGGAGUUCCAAUCACUAAUCCAGAAUUGGUUGCUGCUCUUGCAGAAGAUAACAUUGAAAUCGAUGAGAAGAGCUGGUUCGAUCAUAUCGGAGACUACAUGUCGUGUGCAAUGCCACGAGGUGUUACACUGCCAGAAAACCAUACGUUUGACUCUCUUGCUCCACGUGAUAAGUUGGAGGCAAAUAGUGAUUUCGUGAGUCAGGAGACUGUUGCGUACAACACUGUUAAGAAUUUGGUGGAAUUGAGUGAAGACGCAAUCAAACGUUUUUCAAUGAAACGUGAUGGGAUUGAUGACAGAGCACGGCCUACAGUAACCCAGGAUACAACAGUUGAGACUACGAUUGAGACAACAAUGCCACUCCCUCCUGUUAAAGCACUGUCAACUGAUACGAUUUCAACAACACCUGGAAAAGCGAUUUCCUUCCAUAUGAAGAACGUUGUCUGCUUGAGUUAUGACCGUAAUCAUCCUAUUCAAUCAAUUCGAAAGUUCCGGAAGAAAAUGAGCAGCAAGGGAGUAAUGGAGCAAUCAACUCAGCCGAAGGACAGCACAAAGGAACUUUAGCUUUAAUCAUUUUCAUUCACUAUAUAUAAAGCGCAGUGUCGUUC